UCGAUCGGCGUCACAGCAACGGUCAGCCUGCAAUAGACUUGACCACGUCCAUCGAGACCAAAAUAUGCUUGUCGAAUGUUGGCUUAUUAUUAUUAGCCUCAGCCAUUAUUUGCACAUAUUGAUGUUGUCGCCUAUACUUUGGCCAGUGGAGAGAAAACGAAUGAACAAUGGGCUUGCCACAUUCAGCAGUGUAUGGUUCAAUGAUGAAUACAAUGGUUUCUUUUGGACCAUGGGCCGGAUCAAUAAAUCGAUCCUGCAUGAGCGACUAAACGAAGUUUACUUUCAUUGGACCUAUUUCGGAUACGAAACAGAAAGACGGCUUCUGUGCGAAAAAUACGUAUACAUGUAUAUGUAUAUGCGGAUAAAGUGGUAUAUACGAGUACUCCAGGUUAUUUCACAAGCUCCAUCGAGUUUCGACAGAACACUCAGCUUAAGGCAUGGCAGCUCCAUCUGACGGGCCUCCUCCCUAUGUUGCAUACCAAGCACAACCAGGCCAACCUUCAACGGCCUGGCAAUGGCAGCAACAGCAGCAGCAGGCCGCCGUCCCGCCGGCCGCCGUUCCACCGCCCCCGGUGAUAGCUCAGCCCGGUCAGACUACCGUCGUAGUACAGCAGCAGCCCCCACCCGUACCCCAGCCGCCGACGGUCAUCACCACCGUGGCCAUGCCGAUGAGAAUGACACCUUACCCCGCCCAUGUCCAGUGUCCGAGCUGCCACAACAGCGUCACCACAGUCACGUACCAGGAGAAUGGGGGCGCGGUGUGGUUGGCUGCGGGGGUGCUUUUGAUGAUGGGUCUCUGGCUAGGCUGCUGCCUCAUUCCGUUCUGCAUUCCGGCUUUGAAGGACACCGUGCACGUCUGUCCCGUCUGCAAAUUCACUGUCGGAAAACAUGCUCAGAUAUGAUGAUAAUAGGUGCAUACUAAAUCGCACCAAUGUGCUGAUGUUUACGAUUGUAAAAUUGUACAAUACUGUGCCCACCGUAAUCUAAAAACAACCCCACUAAGGCCCCCAAAAGUCUCCGGUUUCUGGUAUGCGCGCUCGUCGCGGAAGCCAUGCACUUCGGCAAAAUGAAAUUUAUUUUUUCAAUGUUAGAUGAUGUCUCAAAACCGCCAAACUCACUGGUUUGACUGGGAUCCUGCUGCUGCACAAUUUUAACGUGUUUUAGAUGGGGUUACGAUCGAGUAUAAGCUCUCUCUUGACUUUAAACUUCUCAUUUAAAGAUUUCACGUGAACAUCAUAUUGUGGCUAUAUAAAAAAAAAUGUAAUGCUGUGCCGACAAGUAUACUUGCCGACAAGUAUACUGUUUUGCAGUGAAAUCUUGGUCCUGCCUUUUUGGUAGUUUGGAAAUAUGUUUAAUUUUGUAACUACCUCUGUCUUGAAUACUGUAUUUUCAUUAGUCUUGAACGAUCACGUGUUAGGUUUAUAAAAAGUCAUGGCACACUCCCUUUGGGACAUCCUGUAUACGUGAUGUCCAACAGGGAGUGUGCUAUGACUUUGUAGGUACACUAAUUACAGCACGUGCGGUGCAGUGUGAAACGCUUCUAUCGUUGCUACCCGCGCUUCUUUCACCAUGUUUUCACACAUGAGUGGGCCUUGGGAGCAGCGAACUAGCAGACGAUCAGCUGUUUUAUUUUACAUCAAAAUUCAAAGAAUCCAAGACAGAGGUAUAACAAAAUAAUUGUUGACUGCUGUGAUGUGGGAUAUAGCGGUUUGAACACCCUCGGGCGAACAGCACCAGGCUCGGCUUCGCCUCGGGUGCUAUGCGCCCCUCGGGUGUUCAAAACGUCAUAUCCCACAUCACAGCAGUCAACCAUUGUAAAUUCUUCAACUGCGAUUUUUGUAUCAAAAGUUGCUGAUGCAUUGUUUCAAUUUCCAUGCUUCCUCACAUGCUCGAAGUACUCAACAGCAAAUUACAUCACUCAAAUGUCUUUCAUUGUAUAUAUCUUUUCAUCUUUAUAAUAUUAAAAAUACGUAAAUCGACAUGUCACACCAUAGUGUUGUGUAAAUAUCUUCGUCAAAUUAAAGUCAUGUUUGUUUCAUUCUAUUUUUUUUGUAAAGCUGUCGUAAAUAUUUAGAAAAACCAUUGUUUUAAUGUGUGCACCACAUUAUUCAAUUGUGAAAAUAUCAUUAUACAGUUCUAUAUGGGCUUUAUUCACGAGUCGGCCAUAUUGAAUUGAAAGUUAGGUAAAAUCUUAAUUUUUGAAACUUGCGAAGAGAAAUGAAAGCAAGUUAAUGUACUUAUGAAUUCCAGUCUACUUCAAUGAAUAAUUUAACAUUUGUAAUGAAACAUUCCAAAAUGACAGUAAAAUAAGGCUGCAUUGUGCCUGCAUAAAUAGUCUAGGGCCAUCCCAUUCAACAGUUAACAAUAACUGAUAUAAAUUCAGAGAACUCGACAAAAAUGGCUAACUCGUGAUUAAAGCCCAUCCCUCUGGUAUUAAGCCAUGGUCAUUAUAAAGAAAAUGGCAAUGCGUACAUAUCAUAUUACGUUGUGCAGAUGAAACAUUUCAUUAUUGGAAACAUUAUAGUACUGUUUUAUUAUUUAGGUUUAUUUUGCUACUUCCACUGUUCCAUGAGGCUGAAUUAAUUCAGCAGUACAAUAUACAUGUAAACAAUAUAAACUACAGGAGUAAAAUUCAUUUUGUUUCCGAUGAUGUGUUUCCUUCGAGGGAGAAAACAAUGAGAACCUCGCCGUGAAAACCAACUCCUGGAAGGUCGUGGGUUCGAUUCCCAAGAUCUCGAAAAACAUGGAAUAUUAAACAGAGCAUAAAUUACAUCGA